AUGUCACAAGCAAAGAGUCAAACUGUAGUAUUAGUUAGUGGUGAAGGUGAAAAAUUUACCGUUGAGAAGAAGAUCGCUGAACGUUCUCUUUUAUUAAAGAAUUAUUUAAAUGAUAUGCAUGAUAAUAAUGUGGAUUCUGAUUCUGAUGCAGAAGAUGAAGAUGAUGAAGAUGAAAUUGUAAUGCCAGUUCCAAAUGUUAGAUCAUCAGUUUUACAGAAAGUUAUAGAAUGGGCUGAACAUCAUAAGAAUUCAAAUUUUCCUGAUGAUGAUGAUGAUGAUUCAAGAAAAUCUGCACCAGUAGAUACAUGGGAUCGUGAGUUUUUAAAAGUUGAUCAAGAAAUGCUAUAUGAAAUUAUUCUUGCUGCUAAUUAUUUAAAUAUUAAACCUUUAUUAGAUGCAGGUUGUAAAGUUGUCGCUGAAAUGAUAAGGGGUAGAUCACCAGAAGAGAUUAGAAGGACGUUUAAUAUUGUAAAUGAUUUCACACCUGAAGAAGAAGCUGCAAUUAGACGUGAAAAUGAAUGGGCAGAAGAUCGUUAG